AUGACCUUGGGUGUUCAAAAGACCAUCCAGAAAACCAGCGCAGGUGGAGAUGCCAAAGCUGCAACCAACACUGGCCCAACUGUGAUUCCGGAGGAUUUCACUGUAGACAAGGAUGCGCGCUACACUGGCUCUGUGCUUGAGUUCAACAAGUGGCGAGGGUUUGGGCACAUCGCGAUGGACCAGAAGGGGGUCGUGCCCGGGGACAAGGUGUUUGUCCACUGGAAAAACAUUCAGACAGAUGACAGAUUCCCACGGCUACAGCAAGGAUUGUCGGUGGAGUUCGGCCUUAUAGUUUCUCAAGAGUGGCGGGGGUGGAACAAGGUGCGGUCGCUGAAGGCCAAGACCGUAACACUCCCAGGAGGAGGCAUGGUGAACAUUCAGGAUGCUAUGGAUGCAGAGAGCAUGACGUUUGUUGGUGCACAGAACUUCCGAUAUACCGGCACCGUCAAAUUUUUUGAUCAGUUUCGAAACUUCGGUUGGGUUGCCAUAGAUGAUGGCUUUGCCAUGGAUGACCCCGUGCCGAAGGAGAUCAAGGUGGAAGGAGAGGAGCUAAACACCGGCGGAAAGCCUCUGCGAAUGAGGAUCGACAAGCUUGCAGUCGAGUUCGGCAUCGUCAAAAGCAAGAAGGGAGAUUCCUACAUGGCGUACAAUGUCACACUGCCAGGUGGAACGCCCAUCACCCAGGAAGCCCUAGAACACCGCCAAGAAGAAGGCAGUCAAAGGUUUACCGGGACUGUGCAGUGGUGGCAACGGUGGCAAAGCUGGGGUCACAUUAUCCCCGAUGCCGACCAGGUUCUCCCUGCCACUGUGCAGGAAAAGCUGGAAGCAGCUGCGAAGGCAAAACCAGAUGGAAAGCGUGCAGAGCACUUACUGUACUUCCGCAAGGACGACUGUGAGUGGAGCUUGCAGCCUCAAGUUGGAAAGAAGGUGUCUUUCACCGUUUAUGUAGACGACAAAGGUGCAGGGGCCAAGGACGUGAUGGCGGUUGAGUGA